CAUUACUAAAUAGACAGAUCAAACUACCUAAAAGCAAAAGCGGCAAAAACCUUAGAAACAAAGAAGAAGAAGAAGAAGAAGAAGAAGAAGCAACAUCAUCAAAACCCAGACACAUACCAAUCCAGCUUAAAAAACCCACAAAACCCAGAAUCCCAUAAACACUGUCUUCAACCCCAAGACUCAGUCUUUUUGAGAAUUUUCGUUUUGGUGAUGGCUACUGAUUCUUAGAGACAAUCCCACACCACAGAUGCAGAAGAAGAAGCUGAUAGCAUUGGCGGCACUGAGGAAGCUGCUAACGUGCGCCAUAUGCGUAAUAGCUCUGGUGGCUCUCUUCUCUGUCCACGUCCCCAUUUUCCCUUCCUCCAAGGUCCCUAACUUCUCUGACCCCUUCAAGCUCCCCACGAAGUUGACAACUGAGCAGAGCUGGACUCAGGAGCUUGCUCCACCUCAAUUGUGGAAAGCGCCUCUGCCUUCUCGCAAGUUGGAUCGUUCAACUGGAACUUUGGAAUCUGACAAGCUAUGGAGGCCUCCACCAAAUCGUGAUUUUGUGCCCUGUGUAGAGCCAAGUACCAAUUAUACAUCUCCUACAGAGUCCCGGGGCUACCUUCUGGUACAUACGAAUGGUGGGCUGAACCAGAUGCGUGCUGGGAUAUGUGACAUGGUAGCUGUAGCCCGUAUCAUAAAUGCCACUCUUGUAAUUCCGGAACUUGAUAAACGGUCAUUUUGGAAAGACUCUAGCAACUUUUCAGAUGUUUUCGAUGAAGACUAUUUCAUCAAUGCUCUAUCUAAUGAUGUCAAAAUAAUAAAAAAGCUUCCCAAGGAACUGGCGACUGGUACCAAAGCCGUUAAGCAUUUUAGAAGCUGGUCUGGUAUGGAUUACUACCUAGAUGAGAUAGCUAGCAUGUGGGAAGAAUAUGAGGUUAUUCGAGCUGCAAAAUCUGAUUCUCGCUUAGCAAAUAACAACCUACCUUUAGAUAUUCAGAAGCUUCGCUGCCGUGCUUGUUAUGAAGCGCUACGUUUUGCACCUCAUAUUGAAGCAAUGGGAAAAUUGUUAGUGGAUCGGAUGAGGUCCUUAGGUCCUUACAUAGCUCUGCAUUUACGAUUUGAGGAGGACAUGCUUGCUUUUAGUGGAUGCACGCAGGAUUUAUCACCAGCUGAAGCUGAUGAACUAAGAAUCAUUCGAGAGAACACCCCAUACUGGAAAGAAAAGGAAAUAAACCCCGUAGAACAGAGAUCCAAAGGAUAUUGCCCCUUAACUCCAAAGGAGGUUGGAAUUUUUCUCACCGCCCUUGGGUACCCAUCGAGCACACCAAUAUACCUUGCGGCUGGAAAGAUAUAUGGGGGCGACUCUCAUAUGGCAGAUCUGCGAUCCCGUUUUCCGAUACUUAUGAGUAAGGAAACAUUGGCAUCUGUCGAGGAGCUUGAAUCUUUCAGCGAUCAUGCAUCUCAGAUGGCUGCACUUGACUACAUUGUUUCAGUUGAAAGUGAUGUAUUUAUUCCUUCAUACUCUGGAAACAUGGCGAGGGCAGUUGAAGGUCACCGUCGCUUUCUUGGUCACAGGAAGACAAUAUCUCCUGACAGAAAAGCCCUUGUUCGUCUGAUUGACAAACUUGAGCAGGGAACCCUGAAAGAAGGAAAAAAUUUAUCAAAUCGAGUUAUUGAAUUGCACAGGAGACGGCAGGGCAACCCGCGGAAGAGAAAAGGUCCCAUUUCAGGAACCAGGGGUACGGAAAGGUUCCGUUCAGAAGAACCAUUCUAUGUUAACCCUUUACCGGAUUGUUUGUGUAAGAAGGAAUUGCCGAUGCAAGCAACUGAGUAAGGGUCUCAGAUAUUGCAAAGCAGUGCUUUCGAAAAAAGUUCCUGUGCUGCAGGGUGGUGACAUCAUUCUUUCCAAUACAUUAAUGUAACUCUACAAGCUAGUGUUAUGAUAGGCAUAGGGACACGGAUGUAUAUGUAUAUCCUGAGUUUAGGUAUAGCUGGGUUGGUAUAUCAUAGUGUCGAAGAGGAAAACGCAAGUGUCAUGUCAGGGAUUGAAUUGCCGGAGAUAGCAAGACAGGGCCUUCCAUCUAUGACCAGGGCAUCGUUAAUGUGCUUUGUGAAGUUGGCCUGUUUUCAAGGAUUUGAUAAAAUGAUUCAUUGGGGAGUACUGUACUGGGUUUAGGGAUGACUCCAAAUUUACUUCGCACUCUUCAUGUAUUCAUAGUCAUCUGAUUCAAUAAAAAUGAAAAAGAAUUUGAUUGCUUA